GUGGUUGCAGGGUCCCCCCCUUGCACGGGUGCUCCAUGUCCCUGGGGGUGCGGGGGUCCCCCUUGCACGGAGCAGGGGCUGACGAGGUGCAGUUUGCAGGUCUUGCAUCAAGCAGUGCUUUAAAGGCGGAUGUGCUGAUGGAGCUGGGAUAACCGGAGGAGGAAUUUGGCUGUGCCUGUGGCUCUGAGGGGAGGGACAGCACGUUCUCUGAAAGGCUCCAGGGGAAUUCCCCGGAGGGCAAUUAGCACCUACUUGCAAUUGGUUUGCAUGGAGCCGGGGUUGGGGCGGGGAGGUUUCAGGAGGCCUGAGGGCUUCAUCCCAGCUCCUGAGUGCUUGCUUUCUGCGGGCAGGAGAGCUGCUUCCCAGGGCUACCUGAGCCUGCUGCCGGGUGAAAGAAACUCCAGCGUGUGCUUCCCUUCGCUCUGGUGCUGCGCCUGGUCCUUGGCAAGCUGGACCAUCACCACCCCGACGUUAUGGCCCCCAGAACACGUGGGAUGAGAUGCCCCAGCGCAGGAGAGGGAGAGGCCAGUGGUGCCCGGUAAGGGGCCAUGCAGUGGGGAGAGAUGGUGCUGUUGGGGUUCACCUGCAAAUCUGGGGUAGCCAAAACCAGGGGCUCCCCGUGCAGCAGGAGAGACAGAAGGGGCUGAGCGCUGCCGUGGGGAGGGGGAAGCACAGCAAAUCUAAACCCAGGGAGCUGCCAUCCUUUGCAGCCUGAUCCCUGGGAGCCCUUCCCUGGUCUUGACUUCCAUGUGGAUGAGGAGAACAGGGGAUGGGCACCCAACAACUGCCUCCCGCCACCAUCCUGGCACAAUGAAGAAUGUGACCAAGGACCUGUGGAGUGCUUCGGAGAGGGCCAGUACUCGGUAUGGGGAGGUGGGCCAGGGGGAUGGCAGCUGCGUGGCUGUCUCCAGUGUGCCACUGUCCUCACUGGUGGGGAUUUGCCAUUGCAGCCCUGGCUCUCUGAGCCCGGACCCUUCCCUGGCCCUGAUGACUUCUAUGGGAAUGAGGAGAACUGGAGAUGGGGACCUCAUGAUGUGUCACCUCCAUGCCACUGGGACAAUAAAGAAUGUGACCAAAGACCUGAAGCCUACUUUGGAGAGGGCUGGUACCCGGUGAGGAGAAAUGGACCAGAGGGGUGGCAGCUGCGUGGCUGUUCCCUGCAUGCCACUGUCCUCACUGGCGGUCAUUUGCCAUUGCAGCCUUGGUCCUGUGACCCCAGGCCAUUCCCUGGCCCUGCUGACUACUGUGGGAAUGAGGAGUACAGGGGAUGGGCACCCAAUGACUGGUCCGUUCCAUGCUUUUGGGGUGCCAGAGGUGACGGAGGACCUGAGGAGUGCUUUGGAGAGGGCUGGCACCCGGUGAGGGGUGGUGGACUGGGGGCAAGGAGCGGGUGAAAUGAGCCAGGGGCCAUUCACUGCCAUGGUGAGCAGCACAAUGCAUGGGGACAGGUUUCCCUGCAUGGCAGACCCCCAGCAUCCCCUGCCCUGCUCUGUAUCUAAACCCACCUCGUUCCCUGCAGGAGAUGAUGCCACCCGGCUCCAGCCGCUCUACCUGGCGUGAAUUCCCCAGCGAGAGGCAGCACUCCCCCUGGACCCCUGCCCACCAGACAGAGGAGCAAGGUGGCUUCCAGGAUGACUGCAAGCCCUGGGGCUUCCAUGGCCCUCCUAGGAGGCACUGCCAACGCCUUCGCAGAGCCCACCGAAAGCCAACCACGGUCCUGCGCCCGCUGUGUGUUCGGCCCAGAGGUAUGUGCCUUACACUGUGCUCAGCACCAGCUCCUCGCCGCUCAGCACCAGCUGCUUGGGCAGAGCGAGGAGUUGCUCCUGUUGUGUGUCUCGCUCCGCAGGGUAUUGGCCACCCUCUCGGUCUACUCGCGGCUCUGGGAUGAGCCAGCCAGUGGUCAAAGAAGAGCCACUUACUCCCAUCAAAGCUCCUGUGCCGAGCGGGGAGCAGCAGGCUAAGGACAUGCCAGCAGCCAGUGGGAAGGUCCCAGAGUGCUCCAGAGCCGCCAGCACCUUUCAGAAGAGCCUGGCUGCUGAUCUCCAGGUUGUGACAGAGGCUGUGAAGACAGAGCAGGUAGCAGGAGAGAUGCUGGUAGAGCCGUGCAACCAAAGCAGCCCUGAGGCUGGUGCUGGGUCAUGUCCCUGCAGUCCCACAGCCCCUCUGGAGCCUGCUGAGCCAUCCCAGGGCCAGCAGGGCAAGGUAGAAGCUGCCAGUGCUGGGGUCCCACCAGAAGAUCCCAUGGAGCCCAAGGCACAACCCAGAGAGGCUUCCUCCUGUACCUGCAUCAAACCAGAGACCUCACCAGGGACCCAGCACCCUCCCGAAUCCAGUGAGGCGAAACCGGCUGCAGAUGACUUGAACCAGCUCUGUUCUGAGCUCCCAAACCCCUCCCCAGCCAUCACAGACCUCCGCUCUGCUGCUGUCCUCUCCAGGAAGGAGAAGAUUGAGCUGUCCUACCAGCAGUUCAGCCUGACCAUCGCAGUGGUGGCCACGAUGCUGCUGCAGAAGGAGCCCUCCAUGGAGGCAGCGCUGGGGCUGGCGCUGAGGGCGAACCUGCGCCAGGGCCGCAUCCACCACCUCCAGGAGCUGGAGGACUUCAUCAACAGUUACGACUCGGCCACCCCAAGCCACUGAGGGUGCUGAGCCCUCAGGUCAGGAUGUUAUGGACACAUUGGUGCGGUCUCACCACCUCUCAUGGACAUGGAGGUGGGGGAAGUGGGUGCUUAGUUUUAGCCCUGCUCAGUGUGGGGAGGCUGCAAUGUUUGCUCCCCUCCACCCCAGCUCCUCGCUCCAUUCCUGGUUCACAGGGAUGUGCCCUGAACCCCCUGGGUUGUUCUUUGGUUUACAUCUAAGUUAAACCAGUUGUGAUCGUUGCA